GAGAGAGAGAGUGAUAGAAGAGAAAGAGAAAAUACAUUACCUGCAAUGUAUCAUCUUUCGAUUUUUUUUAUAAAUGAAAAAAUUUGAUUUUUCUUUUCAAUUGAUUUCUGCAUUCGAUUCUGUCGAUCACACGAUUUGAUUAUUUGAAUGAUCAAUAAUCAAUCAAUCAAGAUGAAAUUCGGUUAUAGACAUUUAGUUGCCGCAUUGAUUAUGCUAUCAACAAUGAUGGCAUAUUUUGGCCGUAUGAAUCUAUCGACUGCAAUCGUCGAAAUGGUUAAACAUCAUAAUAAAAAUUCAACGAAUAAUGAGACAACAACAACAAGUGUUAAACAUUUUGAUUGGAAUGAAAAAACACAAGGUGUUAUAUUGGGAUCAUUUUUUUAUGGUUAUUUUGCCCUGCAAUUAAUUACCGGACGUUUGACUGAAAUUAUUGGUCCACGUUUACUUGGAACAAUUGGUUUAGCAUCGACUGCUUUGAUUAAUUUUUUAACACCAUUAUUAGCUGAACAUUAUGGAUGGUUUGUUGCAUCUCGUGUAUUAAUGGGUACAUUACAGGCAGGUAUAUUUCCAUGUGCAUUUGCAUUGGCUGCACAUUGGAUACCGGAUCAUGAACGUUCAACAGUUACAUCAAUGGCUUAUAUUGGUGGUAAUCUUGGUACAAUAAUUGCAUCCGGUUUAUCUGGUUGGCUUUGUAAACAUGGUUUUGCUGGUGGUUGGCCAUCAGUUUUUUAUGUUACCGGUAUUAUUGCAACGAUUAUUACCAUAUUAUAUUGGUUAAUCAUUUCGAAUAAUCCAGAAGAUAGUAACAAAAUAAGUCAAAAUGAAAUUGAUUAUAUUCGAAAUAAUAUAAAUACUGUAAAUGAAAAUCGUAAAAAAUUACCAGUUCCAUGGAUACAAUUUCUUCGAAGUCCAGCUGUUUAUGCUGGAAUUUUCAGUCAAUUUUCAAUGAUGUGGGCUAUUACUGUUAUGAUGACAAAAUUACCUGAUUAUAUGCAUAAUGUAAUGAAAAUUCCAAUCGAAUCAACGGGUUUUUUCGGUUCCGCUCUUUACACGGCCGAAAGUUUAAGCUUAUUUUUUGGUGGUAUCAUUGCCGAUAUAAUUAUUAAACGUGGAAGAUUUUCAAAAACUAAAAUACGUAAAUCAUUUCAAGCAUUGGCUGCAUUUGGUUCAAGUAUCGGUUUGUUUAUUGUACCAUCACUUGGUCCAAAUGCUGGAAUGUUUUUAUUUGUUAUGAUCAUAUCGAUGUCAUUGUUAGGCCUACAAUCUGGUGGUAUCGUUCCAUUACCGGCUGAUCUAACUACAGAAUUUACGGCCACAAUAUUUGGUUUAUUCAAUAUGAUUGCUAUGACUAAUGGAUUUAUUGGCCCUUAUGUUAUUGGUGCAAUGUUGGAUGCAGAUACAACACAUCCUUAUAAACAAUGGAUGAUUGUUUGGUAUUUUACGGCAACAUUACGUAUUGUAUCCGGUUUAGUUUUUAUUCUUAUCGGUUCGGCUGAAAAUCAAGGCUGGGAUAUGUUACAUUUACAAUAAUUUUUAUUGGAUUUUUUUUUAAAUAAAAUAAUU